AUGCAAAUCAUCAUCGUCAACAAUGCGCAGAUGCUCGCAAACUCUUCAACAGCAUCGGCAACAAGCACCAAUACAAACAUCCGCAGAAAAGCUCUCACCCCCGCACUCGCCGCCGACAUCUUCUCACAGAGGUCCCUCAAGCCCGGCUAUGCUACCGUCGAGAGCUCCUUCGUCGCAAGGAAGUACGGGGUCAGCUCCAAGACAGUCCGCGACAUCUGGAGCCGCAGGACGUGGACCGAGGCAACUCGGCCGCUGUGGACGGCAGACGAGAUAGAGUCUACAGGGACAGAGCCAGCGACACGCCUCGGCAGCAUGGACGGGGGCUCGAGCGGCUCCUCUUCUCCGAAGGACUGCAAGGCAGAGAGGGGCGAGGACGGCAGCAAGCAAGCGACAGGCUCGCGGAGCUCGGAGACGAGCGCAAGAGGCUCGAGCAAGGGGUCCAUGGAGACGAGCAGCGGCACAUCUUCCUGCACGCGCCGACUUGAAGCCGACGACUCACCGCCCGAGGGCUCGAGCAGCCCGGGCUCGGGCUUGGAGCCUCAGGCCUCGACGUCGUCGUGCUCGUCUUCGGCAGGGUGCAGAGAGAAGAGGCAUCGUUACACGGCCAAGAGAAACAAGACCGUGAGUCAGGAGACGGAGGAGGCAUAUCAGGGCAGCGAAGAAGCAGCGUCAGGCAGCAGCAACGAACUCAAGGAGCCUUCGUCAGACUCAGAAUCGAGCAAGAGCUGCCCAUCCCCCUCGUUGGCAGGAGGGAAGCGUAGAGCAAGCCGAAGGGAUGGAGAUCAGAAGAAGGAGGCCCAAGGAGAGUCCCGGAAGCGUCUACGGAGAGCAUGCACACGGGAGGGAAAAGAGUCGCUGGUAGACAUGCUUCUGUCCCAGCGGAUGACAGGGCGGCAAGAAGCGGGCUGUGGGAUGGAGCCAGCCAAUGGGAGGCGCAUGGAAGGGGCGAGGGCGGAGAGCCCAUGUAAGAAAGAAGAGGAGAAUGACUGUGGAGGAGAAGGAGCAGCAGCAGAGAUCUUGGGGCUGCUGAGACGGCUGACAAAGCAGCAGGACGAGAUCCUGGAGCUGCAGCAGGUUAUGCUGGACAACUUAUACCGAUCGUUGCGUGGUUUUUUGGUACCCUGCCGACCUCUUUGA